AUGGGUGUUCUAUUAUAUUUAUUCUCUGUGACGAUUUUAUUGCCGUGUGUUUUCGGUCAACAAGAAUGUUUUGGGGCUGGCAGUGUCGCCGGAGCGGCGAUAGGCGCGUUCUUAGCAGCGAUUCUGCUGCUUGUAGUGAUUUAUUACUUGAGGAAAAAAUAUUUGCAGUCGCGAAAAGGCAAACACCUGGUCUUCACAACUGACCCAGAAUCCGUUAAAGAUGAAUUUGCUUUCGACAACCCGGGAUUCCGACAGGACGAGAGGAAUUGGCAGAACGAAGCCCCCACUCUUCCCAUGGGGGGAAAGACACAUGGCCUUCACGUAGAAUUUACUAAGCCAGAGCAGAGUAAAGAUGACUCGUACAUACAGCGCGCUCGUGUACGCCGUGUAAAAUUAUGGGCUCGAGACUUCACUGGUCUAGGUUUGACUUGUGGUGGUGGAGCGAAGGAAGGUGUCUCCAUACAGUCAGUGUUGCGUAGUGGGCCGGCUGCAGCUGCUAAAUUACAACCAGGGGACAAAAUAAAAAGUAUCAAAAUCGAGUUUUCUGGUACUCCACUCGAAGAUGCGGUCGCCAUUUUAUCACUGGCGUCACCUUAUCCGGUAGAACUAGAGGUGAUAGAAGGAGGGCGAGUCAGCGGUGACGGUUGGCGCGUCCAUCAUCCGUUGAUGAAGAGAGCUGGUUCCACUGGCGAUGUUAGCACGCUGGAAAAGGAAGGAAGGCUCUUACAUCCUCCGCGCUCACCAAACACGUCGAAUUCAAAUAACUCCACAUUAGAAACCAAACACAGUAAAGGCAUCAAGAAAAUAAUUGCGGAGAAAAUAAUAACAUCCACAACCCUCGAACGAAAUAAGAAAGAGAAGAAAGAAACGCCAACUACAUUAGAGCGAGAGAACGAGAAGAAUUUGAAACUCGCUAACAAACAAAGACAUUCUGAAGUACCGCCUGCUUUUAACAAACCGGAACGUAACAAAAAUCGGCACUCAAUAGGUAGCGACGUACAAAUAAUACAGCCCGAAAACGGAAUAGCACUUAAUGUAGAGAACGCGGAAGUGCAAAAGAGAGAAAGUGACCCGAAAAAAGGCAUGAAGUUCGGAAUCCGCGUCCUCCCGCCUAACGUACCUGAUGAUGGUGUUCUUAAACAGAAAAGUGUUGAGAACGGUGCGGUCGUACUUGAAAAGAAAACCGCCGACGAACCGGAUAAACCUGAACCACAAAGACCAGCCCCCACGGCUCAUAUUAAACAUGAAAAUGAGGUAGAACAGAAGAAACCCGUCGUAGCAAAGAGAAGAGAAAAAAUGGCACCUCCAGUACCGAAUGCAAGAGUUAAAACAAAUGAAAGCGAUACAAGUAUCAGCCAAGAAACAAUGAAAAUUUCGGAUACUUCCCAAUCUUUUACAAGAAGCGAUUUAAAUUCUAGUGGAAUCAAAAGAGAUGAGAAUGGUAUACCUCAAGAAUUACCUCAGCAUAUGUUUGACGCAGCAAAGGCUGCCAGAAGUAAUAGAAAGAGUUCAGCAGAACUCUUCCCAGAUAAGGAUAAGAAAGAAGAAGCACCUAAACCCGCGAAAAAGUCUAAGGGUAAGGCACCUUCGCCGCCAGCUGUAGGGAAAAACAAAACUGACGACAGUAUGAUAGAACAACUCCAAAACGUGAACGACUUUCUUUUGAAUGAGAAACACCACUCCAGCCUUUUGUUCGAUUCGUCUGUAACCACUAGUUCAUCUAUGACAUCUUAUAACACAUCUACGCCAAAAGUAAAUAAGACUAAGACCCGUUUAGAAGAAUCUAUUAAUUUUAGUCAAGACGACAUUGAUGAUAUCGUGUCGAAACCUUUCAAACGAGAAAGUGAUUCGUUGAAUAACUUCUUUGAAGACUCGAAAUCUAACUUAUCGUCGAAUCCGGAUGGCCAUUCAGUCGUAUCUCUAAAUAACAGCGACAAAAGUGAAAAGGGAUCUACUACUAUUGAGUUAAACAAUAGUGACAUAACUAUACAUAGCUCACCUUUAAACGAAACAACGCGAUCUGCUUCAGAUGAUACAUCUAUUUUAGACGAGAAUGAAAGAAAAGCGGCCUCUUUAGGGGAUCUAUCAAGGUUUGAUUUAAGAGUAAAAACUACAAAGACGUCAACCGGUACUCUAGAAAGAGCUCAAAGUCUAGACAUAUCUGCUGAUGAUGUUGAGAUUCAAGAAACAACAUUAUCCCCUAAAAAGAGAAAAGCCAUGUCUGUCGUCGAAACUACGUUCUUUGAUUCAGGUACAGAGGAUAUUUUGCCCGAAAUCGACCCCGACAAAGGUAUUUUAAUAAAACAAAAAGAGCCCCGACUUAGUUUAAACAUCGCUAAAUCUUCUGCUUUAGAAGGCUUGAAUACAUUUCAAAGAAAUCGUCUGAAAAAAGCUUCUGAAUUUGGUAAUUUGGAAGAUGCAAUCGUAAAAGGGUCGUCAAGUUCCAUAGAAUCCGAUAAGCAAGGUUCUCAAGAAAUUCAUAAAAAGAGGUCUCAAACUAGUUUAGACACAACGGAGGAAAGCGAGCACGAAACAUCUGACCACUUGGCGAGGAGAAUUAUGGACGAAAACAUGAGAGUUCACUUGAAGUUAGUAUCGGAAUUUGCAAAGUCCACUUCAGACGGUAGUAAUGCCAGUUCGCUGGAAAACACGCAAGAGACACAAAAUGUAUCUACAACAGAAACAAUCGCAUCUACCACAUCGCCUGUAAAAUAUGAAGAAAAAGUAACAAUGCAUUACGAUACUAACAUUCCCGAUGACAUGAAAGUCUCUCGUAAUACCUAUGUUAACAGUUUAGAAAGACCUAAAUCCGAUAUGAUGAAAAAACUUCUCGCUAAAAAUCCAAUUUUCAAUGUCCACAUUGACCAGGUAACACAUAAGCAGGAAGCAACAACAAGUACUGAUAGACCGGCACCAAUGACAGAUUCGCUAAAAUCUGCAAUGCAUCAGCCGGAUAUUGUCAACUUUGAUUUGAAGACUUCAGAACCAAAAGCCAGAGAAUAUGAUGAAUUCGUCAGCAAUAUUAGGGUUGGUUCUAAUAAUAAUAGCUUAAAAUUAAAUAGAACAUCUCAAGAAAUUGUUACAUCUGAAUGGAGUGAAAGCAAAGAUAGCCAAGGUGUACAAGCUAGCAAUAUAGUAACCAUUUCGACAAACGAAAAAUCUGUGCCUAAUGAGAAAAGAACUUACACAAAAUCAAUAGAAAUCGGAGAACCAAGUAUUAGACUAGUGCCUGAUUUGGUUGAUGGAAUAAAGAAAUCUGACGAAAAAGAAACUAGGACUUUGUAUAUGGAACCAGCGAAUGUUUCCCUCACCAUGCAACAAGAACCUGUACAAAAAACGGUAACAGUAAAUGUAACUGAAGACGAACACGGUAAUAAAAUCAUAUCGCAAAACGUAGAAACAAUAUCAACGAAAUACAUCACUACUAAAACAGAAGCACCUCUACAAGUAGAGCAAAUUACUUUUGGUAUUUUGAAAGGAUCUGGAAAUAUUGAUGAAAUGGAAUUAGAAGAAGGAAACAUUCAGAAUAUAGAUAAAAACGUUCUUGCAGAGAUUAAGAGACAGAACCCUAACAUGCAUUUUACAUCCGACGAGCCCUCAUAUACAAGAACAGAAACUAUAAUAUUAAACACAGCAGAUAUGGAUGAAAAGCAAGCGAAGUUACUAAUGGAAAGGUUACAAAACGAUCCUAGUUUUAUGGCACAAAAGACUCCCGAGGAACUAUCGAGAUUGGGAAUUAAAAUUAUUCAUGAUUUAGAAGACACACAAAAAGUGAUUGAUGAUGGAGCGGUCGAAAUUACAAAAACACGAUAUUCUAUUAAUCCGUCAGUUGUAUUAGAAUCAGAGAAACAAUGUAUAACCCAAUCGAGUCAAGAGGAUGGGCAGGAAGAACACAUAACAGAAAUCCAAGUAGUAACGCCGCGGACAGAAAAGCAUAUAAGUCAAAAAGAAGACAAGGUAUCGAGCAGACAAAGAGUGCCUUCAAACAUCGCCAGUUACGAAGAUCCACUAUCCUAUGACUUUCACGUCGACCUCAUCAACGAUUUUAUAACCAACGAACGCCAUCACUCAGCGAAACAGCAACUAGACGCGAAUAAACGAACGAAAACGACUCAAAGCACGAGCGAACCAAAGAAACGCCAUUCGGACUUUGAUCUACCGAGAAACAGCCAUAUUAAAUUUCGAACAGCGACGUAUGAGUCGCCAAAAGGUACCAUAGUGACGAGUACAGAUUUAGAGAACCGCCGUCUGUCUCAGAUGGAUCAAAUGCAAUUACGUGCGUCCAGCGAGUCGACUACAAGUUCAAAACCUACAAUUUCCGCUAAGCCGAGUAACAUUCCCGUUAAGGCAGCGGAUAAAAGACCAUUAUCCGGUCUGGUCUCUUCGAAAAUUCCAGUAUUCUCGUCGCAAAAGUCGUUAAGUCAAGAAAAUCUAUCGGAUAAACAUUUCUCGUUACCGCGAACCCCGCCACUCACACUAAGCUCGAGUUCCGGUAACAUUUCUGUAACAUCUAUUAAAAGUAGCUCUAGAAGUCCAAGCGGUGGACAAUUGUAA